GUGUGUGUGUGUGCAAGUGUAUGUAUAUUGGUGUGCCAGCCAGGCCUAAAAGACUGUGUGUGGCAGUCCAAUAGAAAUGAAUGGGAUCAGAUUACCAGACUGUAGGCAGAGAGAGGCGGAUGGGGGUAACUUUAGGGGGUUCUCUGAUUCCUAUCUGAGCUCUAUAACAGAGAGAAUACAAUGUGUAGGCGAAUAGACUCCCUGUAGCUACAAACGCGCACCCCUUCGUAUAGUUGCUUUUAGCUUCUCUAGUCGUUUCCCAUGUGAUGUUGGACAGCGCACCGUCCCGGCCGGGAUAUACCAACUAUACCGCUCUUAAACGGGAGGGGGGGUGAAUAAAUGCCUCACGCCAUGGACUGGCCGAUUUCUGGGGAAGGAAAUCCCAGUGCUUCCCAGCAGCCAUUUAAAAAGAGAAGAGACUCAACACUUGCGGAAAAGGUUAAAAUCUUGGAACUUCUUCAACAACCCAAGGCUUCCCAGUCAUCUGUUGCAAGGAACUUGGGCCUGUCGCAAUCAACGAUCAGCCGGGUGAUGAAAAACAGGGAAGAAAUUUUGGAACGGUGGAACCAAAAUGAAAACCCGGCUCGUAAACGGAACAGGCCUUUCAAACACGCCAAGGUGGACGAGGCUUUGCUGGAAUGGCUUCUUUUCGCUAAAGCUAAUAAACUUCCUAUUUCAGGGCCUAUACUCAUGAGGCGAGCAGAGGCUAUAGCCAAGGAGAUUGGGUGUCCUCAGUUUAAGCCAUCCAAUGGGUGGCUGUGGAGGUGGAAAGAGCGAUACCGACUGUUCUAUAGAACAGAAGUCCUACCUUGUCAAAGAAGUGGAAUGAUGCAAGGGCAAGAUGUACAGGGAUCUAAAAUAGAUUAUGACAAAGUGAAAGGAAAGGGCUAUUGCCUCAGUGCAGAUGAAAGGAGUGAGGUCCUCGCCCGAUCAGAGUUCCAUGAACGAUCAUCUCAAGGAUGUCCUAGGAACAGGUCUCUGACCCUUGCCCAAGUGGCUAAGGAAUACCAUUCGCAAGACAUAUUCUGUGGCAUUGAAUCAGCCUUUCAUUUUAGAGCUAUGGCGGGUCAGGGUUUCAUGUCCGAACACAAGAAGGAAUCUCUCUGCAUCUGGUUUUGUUGCAACAUGAAUGGAACAGAGAAACUCAAACUCUUGGUGACUCACAAUCUCCCUGCCAAGUCAGUUGGGGCCCACUCAUUAGCUCCAGUGUUCCUAAAGCUCAGUCACAAUGGGGAUCUGACAGAAGGCCUGUUCAUUGAGUGGCUUCUGACCUGGGACUCAAAACUUGCCAGGCAAGAUAGGAAGGUCCUCUUGUUUUUGACAGCGCACAGCACCAUGCCAAAAGUUAAACUCCGGAAUAUCUCCCUUUGUCUCUUUCCUAAGAACAACACAACUAUGCCUUCCUCCCACCAAUUUGGGCAAGAACUGGUCAGUGAAUUCAAUGUGGUCUACAAAAAACUGCUGCUGGAAAGGUUCCAGGAGGACACCAAUGUCAGCAUAGUGUCUGGAGUGUCCUUCUUUAAGCAACUGUCUCAUAUGACACUUGUAGAGGCAAGUUAUACAAUGAACAAAGCUUGGUUAAGGAUAUCUUCCUGCACUAUUAAAAAUUGUUUCCAGAAGAUAUUAAGCACCCAGUCGUUUUGCUCUGCAAGACCACAGCCGACUAGCCUUCUGCCAAAUAAAGACAUUCCGGCCCUAAUGCUGCAGGGGGCCACAGAGAAUUUACACAAUUAUGGACCAUUUACAGCAGGACUGGGAACAUACCGGAAAGUAACCGUCAAGGAAGAGUGUAUAGUUGAGCAGGAAGACGACGAUGAGUUUGAAACUUCAAGCUCCUACUUAUCAUACCCCAUACAGAAGGUGAAGGUGGGGGACAAUAAGGACAUGCCACAUGGAGGCUGCGUUUUCAAAUCUGAACGUGACGACUUCCAUCCAUGUGUAACAACCAAAGAUAAUGAUAUUACUUCUGCAGUUGGAAUAAAGUCAGAGGUCCUUGAAGACUCCAGCAGUGUCCAAGAACUCAAAGGGGCUUGUGGUGUUAUCCAACGGUUCCUAUCUAGCCAGGGCCAAGAUAUGAGUAUUUUCUGUGCGCUGCAGGGUCAGAUAGAGAGAUGCUUAGACAAUCAGUGUAGGAAGAAACAUGUUUAACCUGCAACACAUACACAUUUUAGUGCAUUGUCACACACACACAUUACAGUAAAUGGCAUUGUCUCUAGUCUUCUUUCUUAGCUGGAGAAGUAGGUCGUACAUAUGAAGUCCUAAACAGUCGAGGCACUUAAUAACUGGCAAAUUCUGACUAGUAGAGGAACAGACUAGGUGUGAACAGAUCAGGUUAGACAUUAUACUGAAACAAACACAAGAACUGUGCAGAUCAAGAGCUUUGUUGGCUCCGUUCAGUCUAUAACCCUUGCUCCUUUAGUGAUGGUCUCCUCAUCAUGCCCAACAUUUGAAGGCACUUUCUAAAAAUGCAAAUGAGGAAUUAUGCAGCUCUGUAAAAGACUAGCCUGUAAAACCUCAAGCUAUCCGCGCCUUCUACCUGGAGGAAUGUUGGGAAAAUCUUUCAAUGGGCACCGCAUAUUCUGGACAAGACAGCAUCAGUGCACUUCCUGCAUUAGAACCCUGGAAAAUAAUGGCAGUAGGCCUCUGUUAGAGACCAAUGGACCCAUUGCUUCACUAGGUGCAGGUUUCUUAGGGAGUAACCACAGUUAUGUGUGUUUCAGGGUGGCUUCCACUCUCCUUUCUGUAACGACAACAAGGUGCUACACAAAGAUUCAUCAUUUGACCAGUGACAACCAAGUGAUAAUGUUGCCUUAAGGUCCCCAUAGACGCAAAGAUUUUUCUUUGCAGAACGACUGAUUUUAGCGAAAUGUGACCAAUCCAUCAAAUUAUCGUGAAGUUAGUGGUAUUCGAACGAUCGCACAUCUUACGAUUUUUCAUCUGUCAGAAAAUUGAUCGGCCAGGUUAAAAAAUCUUUAUCGGUCCCUGUACAUUCUGUCUAUGUUUGCCGAGCCAAGCAGGCAGCUACCCUUCAGAUUUGCUGGCAAUAUCGGCUGAAAUGGUCUUUUUAGUUGAUGGACACCGUACAUGUAAACAAUCGUGUUGAGAUAAUCGUGGUCUCACUUUAAUGAAUAAUGGCCAGCUUUAUUUUAUACCAUGGUCCAUUGUCUAAUCCACUUCUUGCAUAUACAGUAUGGGAAGCUCCAGUCUAUGAGAUUAUGAGCCCGGUGAAUAAUCAAGCUCUUUAUCAUGGUAGCAGUCUCCCCAGUGACUCCUUCCUUAAGGAUUUAAAUUAGUAACUCCAUUUUACGUCAUUCUGUAUAAGCCUGAUCAUCUAACAAAUGAUUGCACACACAGUUUCUGCCUGCUCACCGCCCAAAACCAAUCAAUUUGGUACUGUUCCUUCCAGGCUGCUCAUUAAUUGGCAUUAGAGAUGUUUCCAGUGUAGCUGGACAUCAAGGGAGCCCAGUUUAGGGCUUUCAGACAAUACUGAGGAGUAAGUUGAUUAUACAUAAUAUUGUGAGAAUCAUUUAGUGUACUGACCCUAGUUGCUGAACUGCACCGAUGCAGCUACAUAUAGCAACCAAUCAGCAGUCCUGGCUUAUAUUGUCACAGAACUACCCAGUGACUUCUAAUAUCCUUAUAUUUUACAGUGGGGUACAUUAUCCCUUAUAAAUCAUUAAUUACCUGUAUAACUUGGCUUGUAUCCUUGUGCCUUUCUUUAUAUGGUCACAGAACUAAGUGACUUCUAAUAUCCUUAUAAUUUACAGUAGGGGGGUACCUAAUCCCUGUCUUGUAUAACUGAAGACUGCAGUCUUGUGUGACAGUAUAAUGUUAGAUGGCAGGUAUGAACGGGUAGUGGCAUGGCAACUUACCCCAGCCAAUCAUGGUGCAGUCAUGCAAGUAGACAAUAUGUAAUAUAAUACUUUACAGCAAAUCUAAACCCAAGGAAUGUAUAUUGGUCCACAUUAAACACUGGAUAAACUACACAGCACUUAUUUUUUGAUUUUGACGGCAUUUCAAUAAAUACAAUGAAAAAAUGCAUUUGGAAGGAAUCUGUGCCCCAGUUAAACAGAAAGGGGUUCAUCUUCCACUGCCAGGCACUAAAAUGGGUGCACAAUUGCAUCCGAUAAACUGCCACACGCAAUGCUUCUACUCUAUCUCUGUGCUUAGAAACAGGUGUUAAAUACAGGGCAAUUUACUAACCAAAAGGAAUGCUGGGAAGGAAUGUUGCAUUUUGGACAUUUUUUGCACUUUAUAAAUUGCACUUCUUUCGAAAGCGAGCCCUAAAUUCUUCAGCAUCAGUGCUAAAGUGAAAAUAUAUGCCCCUUUUUUGCUCAUUCAGUUGGCUUAUGUAGAAAGAUGCAUAAACAUUAGGGGGCAUUUACUAAACCACACCUUUUUCAAGUCGGGCUUUGUUUCACCAAAAACCUGAAAAAAGCGCAUUUUCGUGACACCGUGAGCCUAAAGGAGGUGGGGAGCUUGUUUGUCAGAUAAUCAUGGUUUCCUUUAAAUCUAUGGAAUGAGGUAGGUCAGUGUAAAAAGAAACACACUUGUAUUUAAUAUAGGAAGAUACCUUUUCUACAUUAACCCCCAAAUGAAUGAGCUCAUGUCAAAAGGCGGUGUGUAUUUGCCUUUAAGAAGUAGGUGAGUGCAAGCUGCCCUGAUCCUUCUGUGGGUAAAUAUGCAAGUGUUUGUGUCAGAAUUUUCUCAUUGUACCCUGUGAAUAAACCAUUAAAGAUCUCUUGCUAUUAUUA